AUUUUAAUUACUUUCAUUUUAUUACAAUAUUAUUCGAAUUCAAAAUCCUAAAAUCGAUAAAUAUAUUAGUAAGUUUUAUUACAAUUAUUAAAAAAAGAUUAAAUUAAAUAUUUCAAAGUCGGUGAAUGGGGAUCUUGUAAAAUGUUGGAGUUUCAAUCCCUGGUGCUGGCAGCUGGCAGAGGUUCCCGUUUACCAGAUGUUGGUGGGACAGUUUCGAAGUGCCUGCUGCCAGUUGGACCCUACCCUGUGUUGUGGUACUCCCUAAAUAUGCUGGAGAAGAUGGGAUUUCAAGAUACAUUGGUGGUUGUUCUAAGUGAUGAUCAAUAUGCCAUCACAAGUGCACUAGAGAAAUGUCCUUUGAAAAUUAAAUAUACAUUAGUUAGUAUUCCAUCAGAAGAAGACUGGGGCACAGCAGAUUCACUGAAACACAUCAGCAAUAGAAUUUUAAAGACAACAGACAUAUUAGUUGUACCCGGUGAUUUAAUUACUAAUAUUAAUCUGAAUGAUGUCCUUAAUCUACAUAGAAAACAUGAUGCCAGUUUGACAACACUGUUCUUUAACAAUGGUCCUGAAGAAUGGAUAGAGCUUCCAGGCUUAAAAUCAAAAGUUAAACCAGAUAGAGAUUUAGUUUGCAUCGACAAGGAAACACAGAGAUUGGUGUUCUUGGCUAGUGCAAGUGAUUUUGAGGAAAGUGUGACCUUACCUAGAAUCCUGAUGAAACGAUUUGACUCUGUUAGCUUAUACAGCAGGUUGCUGGAUGCCCAUGUAUAUGUUAUGAAGAAAUGGGUAAUAAACUAUCUUGUUGAAUCAGAAAGAUUUACUUCUGUUAAAGGGGAAUUCAUACCUUACAUUGUUAAAAAACAGUUAUCAAAGCGUAAAAAUCUUAAUGAUAAAAAAGGUUUGUCAGAAAAAAAUUUAGAUAUAACAGUUGAUAUUUUUGACUAUUCUCUUGAGAAUGGUUUUGAGUCUAAAAUCAGGGAAAUGUCUUCAUACAAUGAACAUAGAUCAGGAAGCAAAGGUGUUUGUCACAAUGACAUAUUGAGGUGUUAUGCCCAUAUUCCAAGUAAAAGUACAUUUGGCAUGAGAAUUAACACUCUAUCCACAUUUUAUCUCUGUAAUAAUAAGAUACUGUCAAAAUGGGAAGAGAUAACGGGUUCACCCCUUACAGAAAGAUUUUACUCAAGCAGUGAGGUCAAUACUAAACAAAUAGAUGAGAAUAGCACAGUAGGUGAUAAGAGUAUUGUAAAUGAGAAGACAUCUAUAAAAUGUACAUUUAUAGGAGCAAAUUGUGUUAUCGAAAAUAAAGUGAGGUUGACUAACUGUAUAUUAAUGAACAAUGUUAUUAUUAAAGAAGGAUCCGUUCUACAAGAUUGUAUCAUUUACACAGGCGCUACUGUGGAAGCCAGCUGCUCUAUGCAAUAUUGCCUUAUUGGACCACAUCACAUUGUGUCUUCAUCUACUUCCAGUAAUCAUCAAUUACAUGCAGAGACUACUGAAAAUAUGAUCACUCUUGGGUGAUCGCCAACAUUGAUGUAAUUUAAUAAUAAUAAUAUACAUAUUUAUUAUGUGUACAAUUUUUUUGUUAAAGUUGCUAUUAUAUCUAGUUGUCUCUGC